UAGGGGGACCGGUGCAUUCGCUGAGACAUUCAAAACCAACAUCUGCAGGUCUCAAACGCCUGCGACGACAAAUAUAAGUGUAUACAAACUUAAUAUAUAUUACAGUUUUUGAUAUUUCCUUCACGAUGCGUUUAAUUAAUUGUGUUUUAAGUGUUGCUAUUUUCGUGUUCUAUAUUCAAAUAUCGAGUUCCGAGAGGGAGGCCCUUGAAAUACAAAAAUUAUUCUCGUCGUGCAAAAAAAGAUCCAAAGAUUUCGACGCAUGCAUUAAGCGCGCUUUCAACAAACUACGGCCAUAUUUCAACAGAGGUAUUCCUGAUAUGGGAGUAGCGCCGUUCGAUCCACAUUUUGCUAAGGAAGUGAAGCAAAUCCGUAAUCUCUUUGGCAUGGGCUAUACGCUGACCCUACGUGAUGUCUUUGAAAGAGGCUGGACACAAUCAACUGUCACCAAGUACAAAACCGAUUGGGAAAAUCAACAAAUUAUCUACUCACAAUAUUUUCCGGAGAAGUGGCUGGAAGGAGACUACGAAUUUAAGGGUGACGUCUUGGGCUUGGACGUAUUGCGUUCAGGACGGUGGAACCUUACAUUGAGAGACUAUUCUCAAACCACUCGCAUCAAACGUAACGGUGGAGGAGUCGAGGUGCACGUGGAAGUAGACCACAUUGGAGACAUGGACAUACAUGUUGGGAAUUUACUAAGAGGCAGAAGUGUUAUGGAGAUGGUAUUGGAUCGCAUCAUCAACGCCACUUGGAAGCCGGGCUUCGCGAUGAUCCGUCCCCUCAUCAACGACCUCGUCAGCACCGCCUUCACUGACAUCUGGAGCAAAUCAUUCAGGAACUUCCCCAUACAAAACUUCAUACACGAUUAAGUUAGUUAGUAGUCAUUAGUUUAGACUCAUCUCGUGCCAGAUUAUUUACCUCGUAGAUUAUCUUAUACAUGUUCUAUAUCAAGGCUAGUCGCUACGUCGUCGAUGACAAAAAAAUAAAAAUACAUUUUAUAUUACAUAUCUCAAUAUCAUAUUUAUUAAAAAAUAUAACCUAACUAUA